AUGGCCGACAAUAGCACCCCGGAUUACAAAAGUCUCUUCCUGCAGGCAGAGGAGAGACGGAAACAGGCAGAGGAGAGACAGAAGCAGGCAGAGGAGAGACAGAAGCAGGCAGAGGAGAGACAGAAGCAGGCAGAGGAGAGACAGAAGCAGGCAGAGGAGAGACAGAAGCAGGAAGAGGAGAGAUGGAAGCAGGCAGAGGAGAGACGCGAGCAGGCAGAGGAGAGACGCGAGCAAGCUGAAGAGCGCACCCGACAGACAACUUUCAUGGAACUCAUGCGCUAUUCCCACAACUUGCUCUCCCGAACGCUGAGAGUCGAAACACCAUCUCGCUCGACUAGCGGGAGAAUACCACUUCCCACCGGCAAAUACUGCCCGACACGCUUGGAGUAUUGGAACGACUGCUCAACACAACUAUCAGAACUGUAUAGGUCGGUCUGCAGGUAUUUUACUGUGGAAUCAGGGGACACGCCACGACUCUUUCCACCUUUGCUUGAAUUAGAAGGACUACGCCGACGACUUAACACACCACUUAGCAGCGAGCAAGAACUCGAGCGCUAUGAGCGGCUUGCCGUGGAAGACCAUGUUCGUGACAUCAUUACCGAGUUGUGCAAACUACCCGCUGCUCGUGACGAGUUCAGUCUCGGCGAUGGAAUCCAGUUCAGCAAUCAUACGAAUUCCUUGAACAAGAACGAACCUAUUGAAAUGGAUACGAGCCAACCAUCAAGUAUACACCAGCCAAGACCUGACCAGUUCUGCAUCCAUCGUGUCGAUGGCAACACUACCAGUCUCCUCACGACUGUCGAGUAUAAACCACCUCACAAGCUUCCUGUCACAACCCUUCGUAUGGGGCUCCGACCAAUGGACUUAUGGAAGGAUAUGGUCAAAUCAAACAAAAUACCAACCAACCAGGAAGCGAAGUUAAGGUAUAAUGCAGAACGACUUACCUGCUCUGCUAUUGUCCAGGAAUAUCAUGUAAUGAUCCAAGACAGACUUGAAUAUUCCUAUGUGACAAAUGGGAUUGCGCGUGUCCUACUCCGUGUUCCGCAGGACAAUCCCAGCACGCUUUACUACUUCUUCUGUGAUCCUAACAGCGAAGUGGAUCCAGAAGUUGACUAUAAUUCUCAGUUAUUGAGGACUUCUGUUGCCAGAACACUAUGUCUAUGUUUAUUGGCCUUCCGCUCAUCUCAGCGUAGCCAGGAAUGGCUAAAUUCUAUACGAAACAAGCUUAAAAUUUGGACGACCAGUUUUGACCACACUUACUCUCAGAUUCCCGAAGCAGAACGGCAGCAGCAGCAUGCCAUUCCUCACUCUGAUAGCACAACCCUGGAAUUCCCAAGCCCGGAAUUAGGUUCACUAUAUGAACUGCCAUCGUCUCCUCCAGAUUCGCCAACAGCAGGCGGCCGUCGAGUGGCCACAAGGUCCCAAGCAAGCUGUGCACCUCCGGGGGCGCAACGCCGCUCGCAGUCACCAGAUUCAUCCGGCUCUGAUACAAACCACGCAACGGGGCGGAAGCGGAAUUUCAGCCAAGUCACAUCCUCAUCCUCACCCUCUGCCCAAGCAGCGGCCCGUCAACGCGAGGCCAAUAACAAUCAAGGCAAUCAGUCCCGACGUCGCGAUGCGCAAUUUUGCACGCAGCGAUGUUUACUCGGGCUGCAGACUGGAGGUAUCCUAGACGACUGUUGCCCCAACGUGAUGCUCCAUCGCCAGAGUAAUAAUGACCUCCAACAUCCCACUACCUCGGAAGGUUUAGUGGAUUCACUAAAAGCACAAUUGGACGAAAACAUUGACCGAUGCAUACCCCUUGGAAGUUGUGGAGCAUACGGUGCCCCGUUCAAACUUACUUGUGCUACAUAUGGCUAUACCGUCAUCGGUAAAGGAACCACGUCAGGGCUGUGGAAAGAAGUCUCGCGCGAAGCGCAAGUAUACCAAGUUCUGCGGAAGGCGCAAGGGUCUGCUGUGCCUGUAUUCCUUGGAACAAUCGAUUUAGCGAAGAUUUAUUUUCUUCAUGGAGCUGGCGAAAUUCGUCACAUGCUAGUUAUGGGCUGGGGGGGCGAAAGCACAGCAAUGAUGGAGCUAGAGCCAUGGCUUUGCCAGGAGAUUCGCAGAUCGAAGAAGGAAAUAAAAGCCCUGGGAAUCAUCCACAAAGAUCUUCGGCGUGAUAAUAUCCUUUGGAAUGAAGAGCUUGGACGGGCGUUGAUCAUUGACUUUCACCGCUCUGCUUUGAGAUCUCAGCCAAUUUUACAGACGCAAAAAACAGCAAAGAGACGGCCCUGUGGGGUAGAGUCAGGAGGUGUUAAACAUUUACGCGUUCUAUGA